AUAAGAUGGAUAAGUUUGACUGAGCUGAGGAAAAUUAUACUGGAAAAAAUGGCGGAGAAUUGGGGUGCCGGCGGCUCCAACGAUGAAGGGGGUUCGAGGGCGGAGCAAGACCAGCAGCUGCUGCUGCCUAUAGCCAACGUGGGGCGGAUCAUGAAGCAGAGGCUGCCGCAGAACGCCAAAAUCUCCAAAGAAGCCAAGGAGACAAUGCAGGAAUGCGCGUCGGAGUUCAUCGGCUUCGUCACCGGAGAAGCCUCCGACAAGUGCCGCCGCGAGCGCCGGAAAACGGUUAACGGCGACGACAUCUGCUGGGCCCUGGGGACGCUGGGCUUCGACGACUUCGUGGGCCCCCUGAAGAGGUACCUCCACAUAUUCAGAGAGCAAGAAGGGGAUCAAAGAUCGGUGCAGCUUAACAAUAAUGAAGAUUCCAUGAUGGAAGAUCAUCACCCUCCUCCUCUUCACUCUCCUUCUUCCUCUUCCGGUCAACCGUCGACAACUCCGGCGCCUCGCGGUGAAGCUCUGCCCCCUUUUCCGGCGCCGUACUUCUUCAACUCCGCUUCAUAUGGUGGAGAUUCUCAAGGAUGAUUCUGUUCUAACGAAGAAGAUUCCAAAUUUAGGGUUGUUGUUUUUUAUAACAUACAUUUUUAAUUUCUUAAUUCCCUUU